AUGGCUGAGGCGUCCCGGUGGCACCUAGGCGGAACUCCAAAACAUAAGCUGCAUUACAGAAAGGAAGUAGAAAUGAGAACCACACUUCAGGAGGUCUUACUCUACCUUAUUUUUUUAAUAAACUUAUGUAUAUUGACUUUUGGGAUGGUAAACCCACAUAUGUAUUACUUAAACAAAGUUAUGUCAUCUCUAUUUUUGGACACGUCUGUGCAUGGUGAAGAAAGAAUCAACUUUAAGUCUAUUCGCAGCAUAACUGACUUUUGGAAGUUUAUGGAAGGACCCCUUUUGGAAGGCCUGUACUGGGAGUCAUGGUACAAUAACAAGAGUUUGUAUGACUUAAAGAACAGCAGUCGCAUCUACUAUGAGAACAUACUUUUAGGAGUCCCCAGAGUCCGUCAACUAAAAGUCCGCAACAACACGUGCAAGGUCCAUUCAUCCUUUCAGUCCUUGAUGAAUGAAUGUUAUGACAAAUACACUUCUGAAAAUGAAGAUCUGUCUGAUUUUGGCCUUAAAUAUGAUACUGAAUGGAAGUACUCUGCUCCUAUUAUCAACUCCCCUUGGCAUUGGGGAUUUACUGGUGUUUACCGAAAUGGGGGAUAUAUUUUCACUUUAUCAAAAUCAAAAUCUGAAACCCUAAACAAGUUCAUUAAUCUUCGAAUGAACAGCUGGAUCACAAGAAGCACUAGAGUUAUUUUUAUUGAUUUUUCAUUAUACAAUGCUAAUGUAAAUCUGUUUUGCGUCAUCAGAUUGGUGGCAGAAUUCCCUGCAACUGGAGGAAUACUUACUUCAUGGCAGUUUUACUCUGUGAAGCUCCUUAGAUAUGUUAGCUACUAUGAUUAUUUUAUUGCUUCCUGUGAAAUCACAUUUUGUAUUUUUCUUAUUGUCUUCACAACACAAGAAGUCCUAAAAAUAAAAGAAUUUAAAUCUGCCUAUUUCAAAAGUAGUUGGAACUGGCUAGAAUUACUACUUUUGGUGUUGUGUUUUGUGGCCGUUUUCUUCAACUCAUACUGUAAUAUACAAACUUCUCUCUUGCUUGGACAACUGUUAAAAAGUACUGAAAAAUAUUCAGACUUCUAUUUUCUUGCACACUGGCACAUUUAUUACAACAAUAUAAUUGCCAUAACCAUCUUCUUUGCAUGGAUAAAGAUAUUCAAAUUCAUAAGCUUUAAUAAGACAAUGUCCCAGCUGUCAUCAACCUUGUCCCGCUGUAUCAACGACAUAGUAGGAUUUGCCAUCAUGUUUUUUAUAAUAUUCUUUGCUUACGCUCAGUUAGGAUUUCUUGUUUUUGGAUCACAAGUUGACGACUUUUCCACUUUUCAAAAUUCCAUAUUCACACAAUUUCGUAUUGUUCUUGGAGAUUUUAAUUUUGCUGGUAUUCAGCAAGCCAGUCGUAUCUUGGGACCCAUUUACUUCAUCACUUUCAUCUUCUUCGUGUUCUUUGUCCUGCUGAACAUGUUCUUGGCAAUAAUUAAUGAUACCUAUUCUGAAGUGAAAGCUGACUAUUCAAUAGGCAGAAGGCCAGAUUUUGAACUUGGUAAAAUGAUUAAAAAGAGUUACCACAAUGCUCUCGAAAAACUCAAACUAAAGAAACCUGAAACAGAUGAAGACAAGAAAAGUAGGAAAAGCAGAGAUUUGGCUGAACAAGCCAGAAGAGAAGGCUUUGAUGAAAAAGAGAUUCAAAGUGCAGAGCAGAUGAAAAAAUGGAAAGAGAGGCUUGAGAAAAAGUAUUAUUCUACAGAAAUUCAAGAUGACUACCAGCCUGUCACUCAACAAGAAUUUCGAGAUGGCACCACCAGCAAGUACAAAAUGAGACUCUGUGAGUGCCUGACAAAAUGAACUUAAGUACCAGCCAAGUACACAUGAUGAUAGCUUCAGGGAAUACAACUGAUUUUAUGAUGUUUUCAAGGACCAUAUUUUAUAUGGAUUUUGAAGAAUCUUGUUUGCUGAUAAGAACUUCAAGAAGCCUAAGCUUGGCUUUAAUUUUCUUG